AUGGCCUCGCCUUCUGGAGAAUCCCUGCUGAAUGCGGAGUUUGAUGCUCUUGUGAAAGAACAGCUCGAGCUAUGGAAAGUGCCAGGUCUAACCAUCGCAAUUGUUCAAGGUUCCAACACGUAUUCCAAAGCGUAUGGGUUCGCCGAACUUCCCGGAAAGAAGAUGACGACCGAUGCGCUCUUCUCGACCUGCAGUACUACCAAGGCAUUCACUGCUGCAGCGACGUCCAUGGCAAUCCAGGAUAGCAAAGCUACCACGUCACCUUUCGACUGGGACACCCCACUGUCCACCCUGAUUCCAGACGAUUUCGUGCUGGCAGAUGACUACUACACAAAGAACGUUACGAUCGAAGAUCUGCUGUCGCAUCGAUCCGGCAUGGCGCCCUGGAUGUGGGUACUGGCCUGUACUGAUAAGGACGCCACCUUGCGUGAGACUGUUCGUUCGUUGCGAAACCUGCCUCUCUCACAACCCUUGAGGACCAAGUAUCAAUACAACAACCAUGGGUACGUCGCAGUUACGUACACUCUUGAGAAGCUUACGGGAGAACCCCUGGGAAAAAUGUUGAAGAGACGGAUAUGGGAACCGCUGGGGAUGAAUGAGACGUACUUCUCUAUCCAAGAGGCGAAAGAAACCCCGUCAAGCGCCCAAAAGCUCGUCCAAGGCUACGGUUGGCAUCAAUCCGACGAAGGCGGCUCCUACAACCCAGAGCCUGUAAUGUCUUGGGAUGCUGCCACCGGUGCCGGAUCCAUGGUUAGCAAUGUUCUUGACUAUUCUCACUGGAUACGAGAACAGAUCCAUAAAACAGGUCCGCUCAAGGGUCAUGACUUGUUAACACAGCCCCGGAUACUACACUUUGAAAAUAGCGAUAUCCCGCCUGGUCCCUGGCAUGCGUAUGCGCUAGGUUGGUCUUGCGACCACUACCGCGAUCAGCUUCUCUACAUGCACCCUGGUGGCUGGCCUGGCUUUGGUUCCCUAGUGGGUUUCUUGCCAAAUAAAGAUUUUGGGUUCGCCAUCAUGGGCAAUGCUACCUCGGCCAAUAUUGUUGCGUCCAGGUUACUCGUGUAUCUACUAGACAAGUUUCUAGAUCUUCCAGACGAUCCUAGGCAUAACAAAGAGCUUGCUGCAUGUUUUGCAAAGCAACGCGAGGAAUGGGACCGAAUGGUCUCACCUCCAAGCUUGGACGAUGUGAAGGCCGAGUUCUAUCCUUCUUUGCCUGAUCCCCCACUGCCUUUGUGCUUGCCAAUGGAGAAGUAUGCCGGGACCUACACGCAUAAGGCGGGUGGUUCAGUUUUCCUGACGGACCGGGAGGGUCGUUUGACAGCAGACCUCUCUGGGCCCAUCGCAUUGCGCCUAGAGCUGAUACAUGUGAGUGGGGAGUUCUUUAUUGGAAAAUUGUGGAACAAAAGGGGUAUCUAUUUUAAACAGUUCCCUGCAGAAUUCUCUGUUGAUUCUACAGGAUCACCUCAUAAGGUUGGGAUGCUCCUCGAGGCUGCUUUGGGUAGAGAAAUGAUCUGGUUUCAGCGCAAAGAAUAG